AUAUAAAUAGGUCAUCCAAGUCUUAGUUUUUUAGAUCUCUCUCUCAAACACACAACAAUUCUACUAUGCUGAUAAGGAUAACACUUGCUUUGCUCUUUCUCUCACUAGUUCCACUCAAAUCAGUGGAUGCAGAUUAUGAGCAAUGGUGUAUCGCCGACGAACAAACCCCGGAUGAUGAGUUGCAGGCAGCAAUAGAUUGGGCUUGUAGUGGAGGUGGAGGUGCAGAUUGUAGCAAGAUUCAGAUGAACCAACCUUGCUUUUACCCAAACACUCUUAAAGACCAUGCUUCCUAUGCCUUCAACAACUACUUCCAGAAGUUCAAACACAAAGGUGGAUCUUGCUACUUCAAGGCAGCUGCCAUGAUUACAGAACUUGAUCCUAGUCAUGGCCCUUGCAAGUAUGACUAUUUUCCCUGAUGCAAAGGAAAUGGAAGAUUUGCUCAUGAUCAAAAUUUUGACUGCUGUGAUGUAAUCAAAUCCUAAUAAAGUUUGUAGUAGCUAGUUGACUGUUGCAGCAGGAUAAGAAAGAUUGGAUUUUUCUGGUGUUCGCUUUUUCUUUAUUGUAAGCUUGGUGCACAAUCUACCAAAAGUAAGGUUUCAAAUUA